AUGAAAGACAGCGCUUCGCUGCGGAAGGCCUCGGUGCCAUGGAAAGAUGAUGAGCCUCAUCCACAGCCCUACUACACUUUCGACUCCGCGACCUCUUCUUGGGUUUUGAAGACCCCGUCUGAUGACGCAGCCCCAUCUGGAGAUAAUGACGGAAUCAACAGCAUCGCCCUCUACAGCUGGAACAUUGACUUUAUGCUGCCCUUCGCCAAAGCUCGCAUGCAGCCAGCACUUGCUCACCUCGCCAGCCUAAUACGUUCCGGUCCGUCGAGCACGGCUCCCGUCAUCUUCCUCCAAGAGUGCACGCCUUUGGACCUGGCCACAAUCGCCGAUACGCCGUGGGUCCGGGAGCGAUUCCAUUUGACCGACCUGGACACAAGCAAUUGGGCGACGACCCACUACGGUACAAUAACGCUUAUUGACUCCCGCCUGCCCAUCACGGCGGUCUUCCGGGUGCACUACUCCAAGACGCGCAUGGACCGCGACGCCUUCUUCGUAGACGUGUCCCUCGAGGGCAAGACGGUCCGCCUCUGCAACACACACCUCGAGUCCCUCGCCCUGAACCCGCCCUUCCGCCCGCCCCAGAUGGAGAUCGCGGCGAGGUACCUGCGUGAGGACAAGGUCCACGCCGGCCUAGCGGCGGGAGACUUCAACGCCAUCCAACUGUUCGACCGCACGCUGCACACGGACAAUGGCCUGAAGGACGCCUUCCUAGAGCUGGGCGGGAAGGAGGAUACCGAGGAGGGCUACACCUGGGGCCAGCAGGCGGCGACGAAGCUCCGGGAGCAGUUUGGGUGCUCGAGGAUGGAUAAGGUCUACUUCUGUGGCGGCGCUGAAGUGGUCAGCUUCGACAGGUUCGGUGCCGACGUGCUGACCGAGGGAGAGGAGGAGACAAGUCAGAUCGUAGCGAUGGGCUUUGAGAAAGCGUGGGUGACGGAUCACCUGGGUAUCAAGGCCGAGGUGAAGCUUGCCACAGGUAAAAGCGAGAGCCGUCUCUAA